CACUCAGAUGACAUCUGUGGAGCGUGUGUGUCAAUACAUCGAUAUCGAGCCUGAGGCUCCCUUGGAGACCGACCAUAAGCCGCCUCCUGACUGGCCACAAGAUGGAGGUAUCACGCUCCAAGAUACCUCCCUCAGAUACACUGAAGACGGGCCUCAGGUGCUGCAAAACAUCAGCUGCUCCAUCAAGCCAAAAGAAAAGGUGGGCAUCGUGGGCAGGACUGGGGCUGGCAAGAGCUCCCUGAUGACGGUAUUGAUGCGACUUGCCGAACCCACGGGCACCAUCAUGAUAGACGGUGUCAACACGACGCUGAUCGGGCUGCACGACCUCCGCAAAAAGGUCUCCUUCAUCCCACAGGAUCCAAUUCUGUUCAGCGGAACAAUGCGGAAGAACCUGGAUCCGUUCGAUGAGCACGCUGAUUGUGAUAUAUGGAGAGCCAUUGAAGAGGUGGAGUUGAAGCCAGCAGUGGAAGAACUUCCUGACAAACUGGAGGCAGUCCUGACAGAGGGAGGCACCAACUUCAGUGUGGGUCAGAGACAACUGCUGUGCUUGGCCAGGGCCAUCCUACGUAAGAACAAGAUCCUGAUAGUGGACGAGGCCACGGCCAACGUGGACGUCAGAACUGACCGGUUGAUCCAGGCGACUAUCCGACAGAGAUUCAAGCACUGCACGGUCCUAACCAUAGCUCACCGCCUCAACACCAUCAUGGACUCCGAUAAGGUCAUGGUACUUGAUGCGGGGCGUCUGAUUGAGUUUGACGAGCCUUACAUUCUGCUCCAAAAGGAGGGCAGUACCUUCACCAGGAUGGUCCAAGAGACAGGCAAGGCUGAGGAGGCUAAACUCUUCCACAUCGCUGCUGACAAACACGCGGAGAAAACUGCCCACGACCCGGAAGACGCUGAUAACCUGUCUGUUUGUAACAUGAAAAAGAAUCAAUCGGCCUGAAGCGACAACAAAUAAUUUAAAAUUUUCCGAAGUGAUAUGCGAUAAAGUCAAUGCCACUCAUCAUGCUGGUGUGGAAUUUUAUUCGUUCACUGACCGUGGAUUACUGUAAAAUAUGUAGUUUGGUAUGACAAAGUUGUACUUGGUAUGACAGAAUCGGGCUUGGUAUGACAGAGUCGUACUUGCGUUCUUGAAAAAGCCAGCUCUCUUUUCAUGUCUGCAAUUUUGUGGGUGGAUUUUUUGCUAUGCUUCGCAAACUGUUGUGGGAGCUCCCCGUUCCUAACUGAAGGUUUUGUUUCAAUUUUGCAUGGUAUCAAGCGUUUACAACCUUCUUACAGGUAGAUUUUUAUUAUGUAAUAAGUACUUUUUUCCAAAGGGUUGACGUAUCAAGAAAAAAAUGUUACUUAUUUUGCAACACUGGGCAGACCAACAACAGAACAACAACGUUAGUUUGCUGUAACAGUACUGCUUUUGAAUAAUGAUAGAACAAAUUGUAAAAUAAAAUCGCCUUUAA